AGCCGGGAGUAGCCCGCAGAAACUUCCGAAUUCCACCCAACACGUAACGCAGACAAUAUCCCUAUCCCAUCCAUUUCCAUUAGCCAGACUCAAUUGACGUCCCUCUCUCUCUCUCUCUCUCUCUCUCUCUCGGGUUUGUACUUCAUCUUCCGUCCAAGAGGUGAAAAUGGAAGCUGGGGCAGCGACAGUCGUCCGAUCUCCAUUUGGCAUGUCGAGAGCGUUCAAUUCAGUUGGCAGAUCGGGUGCGUACGUACCCGAUUUCGUGCGUCUCGGUACCAAGCUCCCGCCCUCGAUUAAGCAUUACACUUCAAUUUAUCAACCAAGUUCAGGACACAGGAGAGUGGGUUUUGGAAAUAGGAGAUGCUUGGUAGUUUGGGCGUCAUCAUCUCCUGACUCAGCAGGGUCUACUGCCCCAAUUGCUCCACUUCAGCUGGAGUCUCCAAUUGGGCAGUUUCUGUCACAGAUCCUGAUCAGCCACCCACACCUUGUGCCUGCUGCAGUUGAGCAGCAGCUUGAACAGCUCCAAACUGAUCGUGAUGCUGAGAAAAAGAAGGAAGAACCUUCUGCUUCAGGGACUGACUUAGUUCUUUCCAGGAGGAUUGCGGAGGUUAAGGCUAAUGAAAGGAGAAAGGCUUUGGAAGAGAUUUUAUAUACACUGGUAGUGCAAAAGUUCAUGGAUGCCAACAUUUCUUUAAUACCCACCAUAGCUCCCUCUUCCUCAGAUCCUCCUGGCCAGGUGGACGUGUGGCCAAGCCAAGAUGACAAGCUCGAGCAACUUCACUCUCCUGAAGCCUAUGAGAUGAUCCAGAAUCACCUAGCUCUGAUUCUGGGGAGCCGUGCUGCUGAUUCAACUGCUGUAGCGCAGAUAAGCAAGCUCAGGGUUGGGCAGGUCUAUGCUGCAUCUGUGAUGUAUGGAUACUUCCUCAAGCGGGUUGACCAGAGGUUUCAGCUUGAGAAGACGAUGAAGAUCCUUCCAAAUGCUUUGAAUGAAGCAGAGAGUGAUACUCAGCCAGCUGCUGGGGGGAACAAGAAGGCCAGUGGUGAAGAGUUCCCUUCCCAAGGUGUAGCAUCCCAUCCUGAAGUCUCUUCCUGGUCUGGAGGUAUGAGUCCAGGGGGGUUUAAUCAAGGGAUAAAGGCUUCCCGCUUGAGAAAUUAUGUAAUGUCUUUCGAUGGCGAGACACUUCAGAGAUAUGCCACAAUAAGAUCCAAAGAGGCUGUUAGCAUCAUAGAGAAGCAUACAGAGGCAUUGUUUGGAAGACCUGAAAUUGUUAUAACACCUCAGGGGACCGUUGAUUCUUCCAAGGAUGAACUCAUCAGGAUUAGCUUUGCUGGUUUGAAGAGACUGGUGUUGGAGGCAGCGACUUUUGGUUCUUUUCUCUGGGAUGUCGAGAGCCAUGUGGAUUCAAGGUACCAUUUUGUUAUGAAUUGAGCUAUGUCCACCCAACUUAUAUCCCUGGUCAGAGGAAAAUGACCGUGGAGGCACAACUGACCAACAUAAAACCGGUGUUAGUUUGACUUUGGUGAUGAGUUCGGAGUACCAUGGUGCUAAUUGUUCUGUAUAUAGCAAUUUUUAUUCUGAUGAACAAUUUAAAUUCAGAUCAUUAUUAAGGAAUAAAGAUAGUUGGAUUUCGGAAUUGUGUAGCUUCACAUUACCUUUUUUGUGAAACGUACUUGAAUGUUUGAUCUUUA